AUGCAUGUUCAGGACAUCAGCCGACUGUGCAACGCCUUGGGCGUGGACGCGGAUGUGUGCACGGCAGAGUACAUCAAGCUUGUGGGCGUCGCGGAAGAGCAGCACCGCAACUUGCGCUGCACAAACUUCGAGGCAUGGCGGGCAGCUCUGAAACGGACGCAGCGGGCUCGGGCAUCUUAUCCGGUGACGGCUUUGACUCCAUUGCUUGCAGCUUUCGGCAGCUUUACUUGUUCCAGCUCGGGCGUUGAACAAAACUUCUCUGUUGUCAAAGCACUCUCGCCAAAGCAGCGCAACUUGAGCGUUCAACACGAAGUUGACCAGUUACAAAUCAAGCUGGCCGAAAUUAGUGAGUCUGAUGAAGCACGCCUUUUCAAGGAAGCCGCUGCAGUGUGGGUGAGAUUGUACGGACGACGCCUUCAUGGCUAUUUCAAGGAAGCGAAGCCUGAGGAGCCUGGAGCACAGAAAUCACUUGCGGUGGUGUUGCGCGAGAGGCGCAAAGACGUGCAGCGUCUGGCGGCAGCGGGGGCUGCCAUCAAUUUGGACCCAGCAGUCCUUUUUGCUGAGGCCAAGGCCCUGGCAGGUGAUGCUUGGACGAAUAAGCAGAGCAAUGAAUGCAAGCGUCAGGACGACGUUUUGCAGGUGAAGCAACUCGAAGCAGCAGCUCGGUGCCAUUUGCUGAACCAUGAGAGGGCAGAAGACAUAGACGAGCAAGUGUCACUUUUCUACGCUGCAGAGGACAAGAACCGAGCCGCUAGAGCGCGCUUGGAGGAUCGCAUGUCAGAGAGGCUGGCGCGGCCAGAUUUCCACCUGUUUGGCCAGAGUGUUGUGUGCACGCCUGGCUUGUUCACCCAGGUUCAGGAGGCGGAAAUUCGGCUGAGGCACCAAAUGCGACCUGCGUACGGGGAUGAGGUGGAUAUAUUCGUCGUUCCCGAUGUUGCUGAGGCACACCCCGCCGUCAAAUUGGCUGCCUGUUUGCAAGGUAACAUGAUCGCCAAUCCGGUGUUCUUCUCAUCUGGUGGCAAGCAAGGAUGCGCUGUUGCGUUCGCUCCUGCCAUCCUCACGCAGCGGUUCGUCUACAUGUCCUAUGAUUUCAGGGCCCAGCAUCCACAGUGCAGUGCUGUGAUCCGGCGCGUCCAGCAAGGGAACAGGCGAUGCAAAUGGAAGGUGCUCGACACAUUGGCGGACUGGCUUCAGCGCCAAGUCGAUGCGCCCAAGAAAGCUUCAUUCCAUUGGGCGUUGCUGGCCGACCGUGAGAAAGCCGCGCAGCCAGCGUUGGCCGCGCACAAGUAUGCUCUGACCUUUGACAUGUUAUUGCAGCUUGUAAACAAGAUUGAUUACUCCAGAUCAGCGCUGGGGAUAGGCAGUGCGAGCU